GAAGCAGGCUGUCCAUUUCUGUUGCACAAUCCAAUUAGCUCUGAGUUACACCGAUAAGAAAACUGGACCAGAUCACACAGAGGCUUUUUGUGACCACUUGUACAUCUGUUUGUUGGCUGGUAAACCAUUUGAAGCGUCCUCAGCACAGGUUCUAAUCAAGGCUUUAACCAGGGAUCCACACGGAAACAAUCCUGCUUCAAACAGCAACGUGAAACCUGCGAUGGUGUUCACUGCAUAUUUGCUGGCACUUGUCUUCAUUGGGACAGGAAUGGCUGCAAAAUUUGUUGUUCCACCAUGUGACAGCCACAUGUUUGAUAGUGGUGUUGGCUACUGCCUGUCAGACUUCAACAGGAGCAUGGAGACGAGUGGUUAUCAAGACAUGUGCCCAUGGCCUACUGUAAAACGCACCUACAACGCACUGAAGGUUUGUGUGGAUGAAUGGGCAAGUGUGUCUUGGUGUAGGGGUCACGGAUUUCUGGUAGACGAGGUCUUCCUGGAAGUUCAUAAGAUGUACUUCAAGCUCUGCGGACAGGUCCACGACCCCCCACUCACCACUCUCAUUAUGUUAAUAGCACCUGUUUUAAUCGCCACACUCUUCCUGCCGAUUCUGUGUGUCACUCUAACCACCUGGGACACAGAGAUGCCCAGCACUUUGGGCCUCUGAUAUGCUGGGCUGACAAAGGAAAAUUGCAGGAUUUUUCAGCCUGGGACUUAUUCUGACAGUGGGUCAUGCUAGCUUUGCACUACCCAGUGGGGGCGCAGAGAUAUGAGGAAAUGUGGGCUCUAGCUAAACAACAAAUACUGUACAUAAGAUAGGCUUUUUCAAUAAACCUCAAAUUUACAAAGUUUGUUCGGAACAAUUUGCCAUAUAACUUCUUUUCACUUUUGGUCGGAUUCUGUAAUAAUUCAUGUUAAACAGAGACUGAGUGCAAAGUUGGCAUCACCCAGUCAGAACCAAUGAUUGUAGAAAUUUAAAAAAGAGAAGGCCUUCUGCAGUUUUCCUUCGAGUAAUAGAGACUUGCUUACACAUGUAUGCGAACACAAACCAACAUACAAUGUACUAUGGCACUAUUACAAACUUAAAUUUUGGAGGACCUUUUGUUUUAUAGUGUUUCUAUGAAACACAUCCAUUUCUAUGAACAUGAGUGCUCAUAUUAAACAUGGCAAAAGUGCUAAAUAUUGAUGUAAACAUAUAAGGAGGUAAUCUCUGUGACUCUACUAUUUUGAACACUCCGUUUCCAAAAGGAUUUUCUACUCAGCUAUAGUAUGACAUCAUAGUGUGCUGGAGUUCCUCUGCUCUAGGCAUGUAACUGCAAGUGUAUAUAUUAUGUAGGCUACACUGCUAAAUUAAGCUACAUGCUAAUGUUAGAAAAACACGUAAACUUGGUUGCCAAUGGUGUCAAUUUCUCGCUGAUUUUGAAAGCUAUUCCUGCCAGAGCAUAUCUGCCUUUGUUUAGAAGCUAUCACUGGUGAUAAUUCACCGUAAAAGUGCCGCUAUCCUCAGUUACAGUUAUUCCCUAGCUGCAAGUACACGCUAACAUCAGGGAAGCACGUAAACCUUUAUGCUGAUGUUGUAAAUUUUCCCUCAAUAUUGGGUCAUAUUCCUGUUGGAACAUGAUGCCUGACACAAGCUUACAGGACUUUUACAUUUUGUUCUACGACAUAAAACAAAGACGUUUGCUAACAAGUGGCUAAAUGAGACUACAGAAUGUCAUCACUAUGGCUUUACAGCAUCAUUGUGGUAGGGGUGUUAAAUCAUGUAACUGUAGUGUGGGUCGUCUAUAGCCUAAUGAUAGCUUUUUACUUCCGGUAAUAGCAUUUAGGCUUCAAAAAUCAAUAAAGUGGUGUCCAUUUGUGAACAUUACCUUGCUGAGCAAAACAUGUACAUUUUUAAAGGGUUUGUUUGCCACAGAGCUUAUUUUCCACAAUAAUUCACAAUCCAGUGAAAAAAUUCCAAACACUUUUUGACAAAGGAACCAGGGAGAAGCUAACUUCUGCUGCGGCCUACAUAAAAAUGUCAUCCCUGGGGGACUCUGUUCUCCAUUACAGUCAUUCCAUGGCUGCAGUGACAGUGCAGAAAUGCCAAUCAGAGCAGACUGGGCUUUAAGGGGGCUUAAAGAGACUGGCACUAACGAGUGCACUUGAAUACAAGUGUUCAAGCACAGACAGUAUUUUUUUUUUUUUACCACUAAAGCAUGUAAGAAAUCUUGAAUAUAAGUGUGAACCUGAAAAUGAGCAUUAUAGGUCCUCUUUAAAUUAAAAGUGCCCAAUCAAAGACGAUAUUUUCCACUAAUAUUCAAUAUGUUUUUUUCAUUUUCAUCCUAAAACCUUACAUUGCAUGAUAUCAAAUGUGUUCCACAUCACUGGCUGCUAUUUCUUCCAGAACAACUGUCAAGCCAUUUAUUGUUGCAAUAUUUUUUCUCUCCUCAAAUGUCAAACGUUCUAUAUCUCUCAGUGGCUGGGUGUGUCAUGAGGUUCUGUAAAUCAGCACGCAUUACACAUAUCAUCAUUCUGUAGGCAGAAAUUUAUACUUGACUGUCUAAAUACUUUGCUGUGAAUGUCUGAACUUUCUGGAACUAAUUAUUCUGUCAUAUAUGGUGAACCCCACCCAUCUGGCACCUAUAGCAAGUAGAGGAAAGCAAAACCUUAAUGAUUUACUGCACCAGUUCACACCAACUUCACUCCAGAAGUUUAUGUGGCACUUGAAUAAUUUGUAUUGUAUCAUCAACUUUUUAAGCUGACCAAAAAAAAGAAGAAAAACGAAAAGAAAACAAUGAUUCUGUUUGUAUUUGAAACACAUAAUAAAUAUUUAUUUCAGACAAAAAAAUAAUGU